UAUAUACUAACGAUUUUAGGUAUAGCUCCCAAUUUGGCGAUAUCCCAUUAUUGAUUAUUACAGUUUCCGAGUUUCAAAUUCAAGCCGGCGUUUACAAACAAUAGUAUAAUACAAACAUUUGUGCGUCUGGGUUUCAGUGUUAUAAAAUGGAACCAGUUUUUGUUUAUGGAACGUUGAAACGAAAUCAGCCUAAUUAUUACCAUCUCAAUGACACUAAAAACGGCUCUGCUGUGUUUAGAUCAGUUGCCGUUACAGUCAAUAAAUAUCCUUUAGUAAUUUCUACUAAAUUUAAUAUACCAUUUUUGUUACAAAAAGAAGGCACUGGACAUGAAAUUAAAGGUGAAAUAUAUGACAUUGACGCAACCAUGUUGGAAUAUUUGGACGAUUUUGAAAAUCAUCCAGAUUUUUAUAAACGACAAAAGACUCAAGUUAAAUUACCAAAUGGAGAUAUUACUGAAUGUUGGGUAUAUUUUUUACCGAAAUAUCCAGAUAGUUAUUUGAAUUUACAAUGCUUUGACAAUUACGAUUCUUGUGGUGAACAUGGACUUCCAUAUGUCACAAGGUAUCAGAGAGAUCCAGAUGACGAAUUAUCAUUUCCCAAUUGGAAAUUAUCUAAUUAAUGAUAUUUCAAUUAUUUUACAGUGAAGAACUACGAUUAUUAGAAUAGAAUUCAAGUUAGUCGAUAAAAUAGUCAUAGAUAGCUCCUGUUCUCAGUCCAAUGUUUAUUAUUAAAUCAAUUAGGUGUAAAAAACUAAAAUUAGUAUUCGCACUACACUAGUGCAUUUUAAAAAUAAAUUCAUAUCACACAUUGUUUGAAAUAUAAAUGAAAUUUGUUUAAAAAAAAAAUAUAUGUGUAGUAGUUAUAAUAAUUUCUAUACAAAAAAAGGUGCUAAAUUACAUUUAGGAGAAAUAAUUGCUUUCAUAUAAAUUCACACUUUUUUUUUAAUUUUAAUUGACUAGAAAUAAUAAUUUUAACUUUGUGCUUAAUGCAGCCAAAACUUGAUAACAUUAAAUUAUUUUUAAGCAUAAUUUUAUAACUGAUUCAAAGUUACAGAACAGUUAUUUAUAUCCAUGACUUUUAUUCUAAAACAUUGUAUGUUCUGCAACACAACCAGAGCUACUUCUUCACGUCCUAAUUCAUUUAGUUGAUCAACCAAUGUGCCUGGAAAGAUAAUUAGUAAAAUAUAAUUUUAAUACAAUA